CCUGACAUGGCUUCCCGAAACCAGAACAGGCCUCCUCGCAGCCCCUCAAAUAAAAAGGGAGGUGGUGAAGAAGUUCCCUCAGAUAAGCGUCGAAGGAUUGGAGCAGAAAAAAUGGAGCGACAGGGUCGAGCCAGAGCUCCCUUUGCUACACUCAACAACAAAACAGAUGCUAAUGAUGUUGGAGGUGCAGAAGUCCCCGAAUGUGGCACUAUUGAUUUCACGAAAGAGGAAGUAGAGGCGUUGCUGAAUGAGAAGAUGAAAAAGGGGAAUCCCUUUGAUACUAAGAAAAAAAUGGAACAGAUGACAGUCCUCAUUAAGCGGUUUAAGGAUUGUGUUCGAUCCUUUCAAAGAAAGGAAGAAGGCUAUAUCCAAGAAAAAGAAAAGCUUCAGACUGACCUAGAAUCUGCUGAGAGGAUACAAGCUUCUCUUUCAACUGAGCUUGAGAAAGUUCGGAUUGAGAAAUCAGAUGCUGAGCGGAAGGUAAUGCUAUGUUAUGAUCUGGAUAAUUUACACACUUGGUUAAAUUUUGAAGUCCAUGACCAAGCCAUUUCCUCACAAGAGUAUAUUGAGCGUCUGCUGCAGUACAAUGAAAACCUUCGAUCAGAUCUUAAUUCAACUAAUGAGGCACGCAAACGACUGGAAACAGAGAAACCAACCAUUCUGGAGAACCUUAGCAAUGUAAGAGCCCACAAUAAGGCAUUGCAGGAGAAGUUGGCAUCCCUUAAAGCUUCACAGGAUGAGGCCAUACAGCAGAAAGAAAUUUUAGCAAAUGACAUCAAAUGUCUACGGAAUGAAUUAAAACAAAUCAGAGAUGAUCGUGAUUGCCAACUGGGACGAGUACAGGCUUUAACUGCUGAAGUAGCAAGAUACGAAGAAUAUACAGGGGAAUCAUGUGCUAAAUUGGAUACCUUGAUGAUUAAAACAAAUGCCCUUGAGGAGACAUGUUGUUCUCAAAGGAAGCAAUUAAAUAUGCUUCAGCAGCAGUUGAUUGCUGAAAAGGAGAAGUUAAAGGUGGCCGAUUUAUCUGCUUCAGAGACAAGAACAAUGUUUGAAGAUCAAAACAGGACUAUACAUGAACUACAGGAACGACUGGCAGAGAAAGAAUUCCAAGUAAUUGAAGGAGAAAAGUUAAGGAAAAAAUUGCACAACACUAUACUGGAACUGAAAGGAAAUAUUCGUGUGUUCUGCCGUGUCCGACCUUUGCUACCGGAUGAUGGUCCUGGAGCAGAUAUGGUUGUUUCUUAUCCCACGUCAACAGAAGCUCUUGGCCGGGGCAUCGAAUUGGCACAGAGCGGUCAGAAGUACCCUUUUACAUUUGAUAAGGUAUUUAAUCAUGAGGCUUCUCAGCAAGAUGUUUUCAUAGAGAUUUCACAGCUUGUACAAAGUGCGCUUGAUGGGUACAAGGUCUGUAUUUUUGCUUAUGGACAGACUGGUUCAGGCAAAACCUAUACAAUGAUGGGUAGGCCUGAUGCCCCAGAGUUAAAGGGGUUGAUACCACGAUCUCUAGAACUGAUAUUCCAGAUUAGUCAGUCCCUGAAAGAUCAGGGUUGGAAGUACAAAAUGCAGGCUUCAAUACUGGAAAUAUAUAAUGAGACAAUCAGGGAUUUGUUAUCAUCAAAUCGGUCAAGUGGUAUUGACCUAACACGAACAGAAAACGGUGUUCCGGGAAAGCAGUACGCCAUUAAACAUGAUGUCAAUGGAAACACUUAUGUUUCAGACCUCACUAUUGUAGAUGUAUGUAGUGUAAAUGAGAUUUCCUCCCUUCUGCAACAGGCUGCACAAAGCAGGUCUGUAGGAAAAACACAUAUGAAUGAACAAUCAUCACGAAGUCACUUUGUCUUUACGUUGCGUAUAUGCGGGAUUAAUGAGAACACUGAACAACAAGUGCAAGGUGUGUUAAACCUGAUUGAUUUGGCUGGAAGUGAAAGACUGUCGAGAAGUGGGGCGACUGGGGACCGGUUAAAGGAAACUCAGGCUAUCAACAAAAGUCUCUCGUCAUUGAGUGAUGUUAUAUUUGCUUUGGCAAAGAAAGAGGAGCAUGUCCCCUUUAGGAAUUCAAAACUGACAUACCUUCUCCAACCAUGUCUUGGAGGGGAUUCGAAAACUUUAAUGUUUGUGAAUAUCUCCCCUGAUCCAGUAUCAACUGGAGAGUCACUUUGCUCCCUUCGUUUUGCCGCCAGAGUCAACGCCUGCGAAAUUGGUAUUCCGCGGCGUCAGACAUCCACACGGUCCUUUGAUUCUCGUUUGAGUUGUGGAUAAAAGAAGUGUUAAUUUGUUCUUUGAUAAAUGUAACUGUCUUAACUUGUAGACAA